AUGCCUCCAAAUCAGAAAAAGGAGUGGGAUGUGCCCUCAUACACAACGAUGUUUUCCACGUACACUUUUAUAGCAGAUGAUAGGUUUCAAGCCUUUUUUGUAGAAGCGACCGACACGUGGACGCUACAAGUGAAAUACGUACAAGCCCGAGACGCAGGACAAUAUGAGUGUCAAGUCAGCACAGAACCAAAGAUGAGUCAUUUUAUUACCCUUAACGUAGUUGGUAAAAUACUCGAAAAUGUGUUAUUAGUUAGUACAAAUGAAUUGUUAGGUGUUGUUCAACUCUACCCUCGACUGAUAGUCGAGGGUAGAGUUAAAGGAAAGAGACCUAGGCAAAGAUAUCCAAACCGUUGGGUAGACCAAACACUAAUAUUGAUUAACCAAGGGUUAUAUGAAGCCGAACAACUAGCCCAGGACAGAGAAGGAUGGAGGGAAAUCGUGAAAAAACUGUGA